AACCCUAAUUUCGCAAUGGCGAGAGCUAAUCAAGCAGCAAUCGACACUUUCAUCAGCAUCACUGGGGCACCCGAAGCUGUUGCCAUUUUAAAGUUUGAGGAGUAUGCUGGUGAUCUCAAUACAGCUGUAAAUGCACAUUUCAGCAAAGGAGAUAGGCCAGCAUCAACCACAGUUCAUGUAGAUGAUGUAAUGGAUAUAGAUGAUCCAAUUGAAGUUGUACCAAACGGGACAUGGGUUACACGUCCAAGGGAGGUGAGAGAGGCACCAAUAGAGGUUAAGAAUAGCAAUGAGCUAUCCAGUCAUUCUGGUAAUGCUCCUGCUGAUGAGGAUGUCUCUGAAACUGCACAAGCCCAUGGCCAUAAUGUCCAUGAGACUGUUAUAAUUGAUGAAGUAUAUGAGGAUUCAGCAGUGCAGCAGAAUGAUAACUCUAAUUACCGAGAUGUUACACCCAGUGCUCCUGCUUUUGAUGAUUUGCCAGAUUAUGGAAAUGACAUUGAAGAACAAAUGAUUCGAGCUGCCAUUGAGGCCUCCAAACGGGAUGUUGAGGAGUUGAGUGAUCCUGGACCUUGGCAUAAUAUGUCAAAUUCGGACGAUGCUGCACUUGAAGAAGCAGUUUCAACGUCUUUGAUGGCUGCGGAGCAAGAGAAGGCAUUGCGUGAGCAGGGUUCCUGUUCUGGAACGUCACAAGUGGAGACUUCUAAACCAGAUGAGGAACAUCUUGUAAACAUGCCAGCCUCAAAUGGAAGGUUAAUGGAAGGAAGCUCUUCCAUUCAAGAUGAAGCUGAAGAUGGGAAUGAGCAGCGCCUAGUUAGGUCAAGGUCCAGGGAAUCUGCAAAUGAAGUUGGAGUUGUGGAGCCCAGUUCACCAUCAAGUCCUGGACAGCAAGGCAUAGGGAAUCUCCCAUUGAACAAUGGAAAUGCAUUCCCUUCUGAUGAGUGGGGAGGUAUCUCUUCUGUGGAACAUGAUGAGGCAGUCAUGCUUGAGGCUGCAAUGUUUGGUGGAAUCCCUGAAAGUGGAUAUCGUUUUGCCUAUGCACCUCAUCAGUUCAUUCAACCUGAGGGAUCCAAUCCCUGGCGUGCCCCUCAUCCUCCAUCACCCUCUUUGGCUGCUCAACGGCUGAUACGGGAACAGCAAGAUGAUGAGUAUAAUGCAGCAUUGCAAGCGGAUAGAGAAAAAGAGUUUAAGGCAAUUCAAGAAGCUGAAGCUUUCUGUUUAGAGGAGGAAGCAGCUAGAAAAGCUGCUCUUGAAGAAGAACAAAGAAAACAGGUAAUUAGUUAUGCUCCAAUCAUCGGUAAACCUGGAUGAGAUUCUAACAUUAAGUAUAUUCUUUACUUGUUUACUUUUAUGAUUUUAUGGGACGAUUAAAACUUUACCAGUAAACAUGUAUUGUAUGUAAACCAAACUUUGAUACAUGCAUGGACGGGGCAAAACCAAACUUGUAAAUCUUGAACAAAUUGUUGUCAAAAUUAUUUCAAGCCAUCCCAUGGAUGUAUAACUGAAUAUGAUAGAAAUUGCAUUCUAUUUUUCAGAUAAUUUAGGUUUCUCUCUACUAGAAAAAAAAAUAAUACAUUUUGUUGCUUUUGUUUGCAAUCAACAUAAGAUCAUGCCGCUAUACUCCAUUUAGGCUUUAGUUGAGUUCUCUGCCUCAGGAGCCAUCAGCCAAUGAGAAAAAUGCUGUAAACCUUCUAGUGCGAAUGCCAGAUGGCAGUCGUAGGGGCCGUCUAUUUCUCAAGUCUGACAGGCUGCAGUCUCUGUUUGACUACAUAGAUAUCGGAAGAGGAGUCAAGACGGGAACUUACUGAUUGGUGAGGCCAUACCCGAGGCGUGCUUUCGGUGACGGAGAGAGCAGUUUAACACUGAAUGAACUCGGCUUAACAAACAAACAAGAAGCCCUAUUUCUCGAGUUGAUCUAAUAAAAUCCACAAACUGUUGCAAGAAUACUAUAGAAAAACUAGUAUGAGGCUUUAGAGGUUCAUUGGAACCG